CCCUAUCUUCCAUGUGCAAGCAGCAGAAGAAUACAAUUCUUGUGGAUUAUUGAUGCCUUUUUGAUCAUCCAGUGAUUGAGAACAUGUCGGAAAAGAAUCGAGACGCGGAAAGGAUGAAUCACGAAGGUGGCGCUGAUGCUUGGGGUUCUCAAAGGCCAGAAACACCGCCUUGGGAUGCAGCAGAGUAUAGUCAACUCAUCUCUGCAGGGCCGUUGCUGCCACUACUAGAACAGUAUGCAGGCGUAGGUUCUUAUGACCAAAACACUCUCAGGGGGGCCCCAUGGCAAGUUCAGUCACAAGGCGCUAACACUGACAUAUUUACGGGCAACCAACCUCAACUAGCUAGUAUGGCUAAUCAAGGGCCUUCAUGCAGCACGUGGCAUCAGCCAGCACCCAUGUACCUGCCAUCGACGUCAUACAUAGGUCAGUCCAUAAAAAAAGUGAAGUUGCGGAUGUUCAAUUAGCAGAAGGGGCAUAGAUGGCAGCUCCAAAUUGCCAUGACUGGACUUCUACAGUUGCCAUGAAUUUAAAACUACAUUUGCCAUCCCUGGACAACUGUUGUUGCCAUCAGUGGACACUUGCAGUUGCCAUGGAGAAACAACUGCAGUUGCCAUGCCAGAGCAACUACAGUUGCCAUGUCAUCGCAACUGCAGUUGCCAUGGAGAAACAACUGCGGUUGCCAUGC